AAGCAAAGGUGAGAUUGUCUGGACUCUGCUCUAGCUUGACCCACACUUCAGAAGUCCCUGGAGUUGAACUUUCUGCUCAUGGAUCCUGGUUGGCUUGGUGACCCCUCAUGAUGUUCUCUCAGCAAAGAUUCUUUGGUACUGAUCUACCAAGACCAGAAGAGUCUGAACUGAAGAAUUUUUGUUCCAGAAAUAUACUGAUCAUCCUUGGCUUCUCCUGUAUCAUAGCUGUGAUUGCUUUGAUUGCUGUGGGGUUGACCCAGAACAAACCAUUGCCAGAAAAUGUUAAGUAUGGGAUUGUGCUGGAUGCAGGCUCUUCUCACACAAGUUUGUACAUCUAUAAGUGGCCAGCAGAAAAGGAGAAUAACACAGGGGUGGUGCACCAGGUAACAGAGUGCAAGCUGAAAGGUCCUGGAAUCUCAAGAUAUGCCAAAAAAUUAAGUGAAAUAGACAUUUAUCUGAUGGCAUGCAUGGUAAGAGCCACUCAAGUGGUUCCAAAGUCCCGGCACCAAGAGACCCCUGUUUAUUUGGGAGCAACAGCAGGCAUGCGGUUGCUCAGGAUAGAGAAUGAGCAGUUGGCAGACAAGGUCCUGGCUGCGGUGGCGAGGAGCCUCAGCAACUACCACUUCGACUUCCAGGGUGCCAGAAUCAUCACCGGCCAGGAGGAAGGUGCCUAUGGCUGGAUUACCAUCAACUACCUGCUGGGCAAAUUCACUCAGAAACUGAGUUGGCUCAACCUGAGGCCAAAUGAAGACAGUGCUCUUGAAACCUACGGGGCUUUAGACCUUGGGGGAGCCUCUACACAAAUCACUUUUGUGCCGCAAGACAAGAAGAUCGAGUCUCCAAGCAAUGCUCUGCACUUCCGCCUCUAUGGCAGGGACUACAGUGUGUACACGCACAGCUUCUUGUGCUAUGGGAAGGAUCAAGCACUCAGGCAGAAACUGGCCAAGGACAUUCAGGGUACAAACGGAACCCUCAGGGACCCAUGCUUUCACCCUGGAUACGAGACAGUAAUGAACGUAAGUGACCUCUACAGUAGUCCCUGCACCAAGAGAUAUGAGAGGACUCUUCCAUUCGAUCAAUUUCAAAUCCAGGGCACUGGAAAUUAUCAACAAUGCCAGCAAAGCAUCCUUCAGCUCUUCAACACCAGUUACUGCCCUUACUCCCACUGUUCCUUCAAUGGGAUCUUCUUGCCGUCACUUCACGGGGAUUUUGGGGCAUUUUCGGCUUAUUACUAUGUCAUGGAAUUUUUAAACUUUACAUCAGAGGAAACCCCCUCACAGGAAAAGAUGACGGACACUAUGGAAAAGUUCUGUUCUCAGCCUUGGGAGGAGCUGAAGACACGUUUUGGUGAUGUGAAGGAGAAGUACCUGAGUGAAUACUGCUUUUCUGGAACCUACAUCCUCUCUCUCCUUGUGAGUGGCUAUGGUUUCACGGCUGAUUCCUGGAAGAACAUUCAUUUCAUGGGCAAGAUCCAGAGCAGCAAUGUUGGGUGGACUCUGGGCUACAUGCUGAACCUGACCAACAUGAUCCCAGCUGAGCAGCCGUUAUCCACACCUCUGACCCACUCCACCUAUGUCUUCCUCAUGGUUCUCUUCUCAGUGAUCCUGGUUGCAGUGGUCAUCAUAGGCAUGUUUAUCUUUCACAAGCCUUCAUACUUCUGGAAAGACAUGGUAUAGCAGGAGCAGCUGAAACCUGCUGGGUGGAGUGAGAAAAAAACUUGCCCAAGGAGCACCUUCCUCCACAGUGGUGUACAAGGUCAUCCUUCCUUGCUCACCAAGGCCAGUCUUGACCAGCACGAAGCUUCCUUGGCUUUUGCUGAAGCUUUUCCAUGGAAGGUAUUCACCACCUUCUGCCUCAAGGACUACCCAGAAGACAUCGUCUCUUUUAUGAUUCCUUCCCAACUCCACUUCUCUCUUUUGUACCCUGUGCUUGUAUGGGUCUUAAAGACCUGUUACCUUUCAUGAUGUCUGCUUUAUAAAAAAACAAAAACAAAAA